AUUUGUUAUAUUGUGAUCCUGAUUGUUUUAUAUUUUGCGAGAAAGAGUGAUAAGAGCGUUAUUUUUGACGUUUAAAAUCCAAAAUCGCAGAAGGCAAUCCCUAAAAUGUAUAAAAUAUAAGAAGGCCAAAUCAAACUGACAUCACAAUUCCUGUUUGGGUUUCAUUGAUAAUUGACUUGUGAAAAUGGGUGCAGAGCAAUCGGCCGUGUUGGCCUGCACUCAGACGGGGAUACAGGAAGAACAUCUGAAACUGGUUAACUCAGAGCUAUUUUUCAGCUCGUACUUUGAAAAGAUGCGGCAGCCUGUUACGGGUCCUGUAACAGAAGCGCUUUUACAUUUGGUAGAACAUUUGCAAAAGCCGAGAGCUGUAGUUAAUGCUGAAGAAACUCAAUCGGUCCAGGAGGACGGUAAUAGCAGUGAAUGUGGCUUCGAUUCGGAGUACAGUGAUGACACUGAAGCAACAAUCUCUGAUGUUGAGAUAUAGCAUCUGCAGGUAGCCGAAUUCGAUUCCAUAUAUGAAUAUAACAUUCCUUAUAAAGAAUCUAUCUAAUCUUUUGCAGACCCCCUACUAAUAAUCAGUACUCACUAAUAAUUGAACAUUAAUUUAACAUACGAA